AUGUGGUUUCCCGUUUCGACUAUUGCGGCUAUCUUUGUGUUAUUCGAUGUCAGCGAUACGAUGGUUCCGGACAAUGAUUUGGAGUUGAUUUUUCGGACAAGGUCAAAAUCUGAGUGGCAAACAGCCUGGCACAAAGAAAAAUACUCGAGAUGUCGUGACACACUCGUAAGGCAUUUGUAUUGGGCUUGUGAAAAGGAUAUUUACAGACUGACAAGAAGGACGGAUCCAUUUUAUGGUAGUGCUUUGGAGGACAUCGCUGAAAUGAGUGACAGUUUCCCCUGGAUCUCCCCAACAAAGGCGAAGAGAUACCUGCGAUUCAAACGUGACGUGAAAAGAUCUGGACCGUCAAUCACAUCGGAAUGCUGCAAAUCCACCGGAUGCACUUGGGAAGAAUACGCUGAAUACUGUCCAACUAAUAAACGACACAACAGUGUUUUAAAUUCAUACCUGUAGAUUUAAUUUUGUUUCAUUUGUUGAACAAUAAACCAAAUGUAAUAAUAAAAUCAUUCAAC